AUGAGGCCCCCAUGGUGUCCCCUGCAUACUCUCUUCCCACCGUUCCCACUUCUCCUCCUCCUCCUCUUCCUCCUGGGAGGAGGGGCAGAGGCUGAGCACCCGGAGGACCCAGAGCUGCUGGUGAUGGUGCGUGGGGGCCGGCUUCGGGGCAUCCGCCUAAUGGCCCCUGGGGGCCCUGUCUCUGCUUUUCUGGGCAUCCCCUUCGCAGAGCCACCCGUGGGCCCCCGUCGCUUUCUGCCACCGGAGCCCAAGCAACCCUGGCCAGGGGUGCUAGAUGCCACAGCCUUCCGAAGUGUCUGCUACCAAUACGUGGACACCUUGUACCCUGGCUUUGUGGGCACCGAGAUGUGGAACCCAAACCGUGAGCUGAGUGAGGACUGCCUCUACCUCAACGUGUGGACACCGUACCCUCGGCCUAAGACCCCCACUCCUGUCCUCGUCUGGAUCUAUGGGGGUGGCUUCUACAGUGGGGCCACCUCGCUGGAUGUGUAUGAUGGCCGAUUCCUGGCCCAGGCAGAGGGGACCGUGCUGGUAUCCAUGAACUACCGGGUGGGAGCCUUUGGCUUCCUGGCCCUACCAGGGAGCCGGGAGGCACCAGGCAAUGUGGGUCUUCUGGAUCAGAGGCUGGCCCUGCAAUGGGUGCGGGAGAACGUGGCAGCCUUCGGGGGCGACCCAAUGUCAGUGACUCUGUUUGGGGAAAGUGCAGGUGCCGCCUCUGUGGGCAUGCACUUGCUGUCCCCACCCAGCCGGGGCCUGUUCCACAGGGCUGUGCUGCAGAGCGGUGCACCCAAUUCGCCUUGGGCUACGGUGGACAUGGGAGAGGCCCGCCGCAGGGCCACGCUACUGGCUGGACUCGUGGGCUGCCCCCUAGGUGGGGCUGGUAGCAAUGACACAGAGUUGGUCGCCUGCCUGCGGUCACGGCCAGCUCAGGCCCUGGUAGACCACGAGUGGCAUGUGCUGCCUCAGGAAAGUGUCUUCCGCUUCUCUUUUGUGCCUGUGGUAGAUGGAGACUUCCUCAGUGAUACCCCGGAGGCCCUCAUCAACACUGGAGAUUUCCACGGCCUGCAGGUGCUGGUGGGUGUGGUGAAGGAUGAGGGCUCCUAUUUUCUGGUUUACGGGGCCCCAGGCUUCAGCAAAGACAACGAGUCUCUCAUCAGCCGGGCCCAGUUCCUGGCCGGGGUGCGGGUCGGGGUCCCCCAGGUGAGUGACCUGGCUGCCGAGGCUGUGGUCCUGCAUUAUACAGACUGGCUGCACCCUGAGGACCCAGCACGCCUGAGGGAGGCCAUGAGUGAUAUGGUGGGUGACCACAAUGUCGUGUGCCCUGUGAUUCAACUGGCUGGGCGACUGGCCGCCCAGGGUGCUCGGGUCUAUGGCUACUUCUUUGAUCAUCGCGCAUCAACGCUCUCCUGGCCCCUCUGGAUGGGGGUGCCCCACGGCUACGAGAUCGAGUUCAUCUUUGGGCUCCCUCUGGAUCCCUCGCUAAACUACACCACUGAGGAGAGAGCCUUUGCCCAGCGAGUGAUGAAAUACUGGGCCAACUUCGCCCGCACAGGGGACCCCAAUGACCCCCAGGACCCUAAAGCCCCGCAGUGGCCACAGUACACGGGGGUAGCGCAGCAGUACGUGAGCCUAAACCUGCGGCCUCUGGAGGUGCGGCGGGGGCUGCGAGCCCAGGCCUGCGCCUUUUGGAAUGGCUUCCUACCCAAAUUGCUCAGCGCCACCGACACGCUGGACGAGGCGGAGCGCCAGUGGAAGGCCGAGUUCCACCGCUGGAGCUCCUACAUGGUGCACUGGAAGAACCAGUUUGACCAUUACAGCAAGCAGGAUCGCUGCUCAGACCUGUGA